CAACAGACCACAUAAGUAUGUGGACGAAAUCCUUAAAAUUUUAAGAAGACGGCUUCUACCAUCCCUACCUAAGUGCACAAAAACACUACUUAAAUGUGAAGUGAACUUAGAUAAGGUAGAACCUAUGAAAGUUUGUAAUGGUUCCGAUGGAGAAUUCAUAUACUUUGGAAUUAGAGAUCAGUUGAUAAAGCAAAUAGAUGUCAGACUACAUGAAACUAAUGAUUUAGAAAUAAUGAUAAAUAUUGAUGGCAUGUCACCGUUCAAAUCUAGCGCAGCAACCAUUUGGCCUAUUUUAUGCAAGGUGUAUACAAAAUUAGAUCUGUAUGAACCUUUUAUUGCAGCCGUAUAUUCUGGGAAUGGUAAACCAAAAUAUGUUACAGAAUAUUUAUCAAAAUUUGUACGCGAGUUAAAUGACUUAUUAAUGAAUGGCUUGAUUAUAAUCAGUGUAUUAUUCAGCCUCAAGGUUAAAUUUUUUUCUUGUGAUUCGCCAGCCAGAUCAUUUAUUAAGGGCUCUGUAAGUCAUAUGGCUUUUCAUGGAUGUGAACGCUGCAACGGCUUGGGACAGAGAAUGGACAGUGUUACAGUAUUUUUAAAUAUUGAUGCAGAGAAAAGAACAGAAGAAGACUUCAGAACAUUUACUGAUCCAGAUCAUCACAAUGAUGUUUCUCCUUUGUGUGCAGUUCAACCAACUUUAAAUCUUAUUUCACAAUUUAUACUCGACCCAAUGCAUUUGUUGUACCUUGGAUGUACAAAAAGAUUACUCGAGUAUUUGUUAUCUUCUUCAACACGUAAAGUUCGAUUGAGCUCAUCGCUAAAAACUGAACUGACUCGUAGAACAACUAUGAUUAAUGGAGAUAUUCCUCUUGAAUUUCCUCGAAAAAUGAGAUCAAGUGACCACUUCGCCAAGUUCAAGGCUGUUGAGUUCAAAUUUUUUUUAUUAUAUGCUGCUCCAGUUGUUCUCAAGAAAUUACUUUCCGAAGAUUUGUAUAACCACUUCAUGUUAUUGACAGUAGCAUGUCGAUUAUUGUCUACUGAAAAUAAGAAUCUCCAUAUUGUUGAUGCAAGAAACUAUUUAAGAAAGUUUGUAAAAGAUGCUUCAACUUUAUAUGGAUCAACAUUUGUUUCACUUAAUGUGCACAACCUUAUUCACCUUCCUGAUGAUGUUGAAAAUACAAGGUGUUCUUUGAGCGAGCUUAGUGCUUUUGCAUUUGAGUCAUACUUGGGAAGUAUUAGUGCUACAUUAAGAUCACCAAAACACUUGCUUGCGCAGUAUUGUCGAAGAUUACAAGAGAAGCAAACUUUUGCUAAAAAAGUAGUAAGUGUUCCACCUCAACUGGAAGUUCUCGGAUAUAAGAAAAAGAAAGUUUUCAAAAUCAAAUAUAAGGGAAUGAUACUAUCUUCCGCACAUCCAAAUAACACUGUUUUACUUAGAGAUAAAAGUGUAGCUGAAAUUUGUCAAUUUAACUGCACAGAAGACGUAGUUUCCAUAGAAGUUAAAAAAUAUUUGAAGAAGGAAUCACUUUUCCAUCAUCCAUGUGAUUCCAGUACAUUAAAUAUAUGGCAAAACCAGUCAACUUGUGUGUUGUCCCUCUACUGCACUAACCGUGCCUUUCAAAACUCUCUAUUCUACAAUAUAUUCUUAAUAAGCAUGACAGACAGUGAAAGUGAAGGAGAAAUUAAAAUAAAAACAAAAAAACUGAAGAAAUUCAGUUUGGUUCAAUUUAUUCAUAGAGGACCAAAGCGUAAGGUAGAGAGUAUUGACAUUGUACCCAGCAAAUGGUUGGCGUUCGAAAACAAUAGAUGUGUAACAAAGUAUAUGCGACCUCUGUACGAAGGAGAGAGUCUCACUCUACUUAAUAAUUUAAUUAAAAUAAAUGCGGAUGCACCAGAUGAUUGGCCUACAUAUUCUGUUGCAAUAAAGGGUGAAGCUAAGGAUUACACUGAAGCUUUGAGAAAGAUAGAUGAUCUUGCAGUACAAGAGCACGUGUGGUCGCUUGAUUCCGAAGAAAGUGCUACUGAGAUGCAAAAAGAAGUUAUGAAUGGUGUCAAGCGAGCAAAGCUGCUAAGUGAGUCACAGAAGAUGAUGUCUAAGUUUUCAUCGCCAGCAGAAGAAAAAGAAACGAACAAUAAGACAUUAGAAACCAAUGACACAGAAAUACAAUCUGACAGUGAACCUGGGAAUAUUUCAAGUCAUAAUCCAAAUGAUUCUACAGAACCAGGAACAUCUCAAAGUUCUCCUCCACGUAGCCCAAAUUCUGAUUUUUUUAACGAUCAAUUAGAGGAUUUAAUUGCAGAUAUGUCUGGCCCAAAAGAAAAAGUUAGUAAACAAUCAAAAAAAGAAGAUCCUUUAGAUAUUAGUAAGGAAAUAAGUCAAUUUUUAGAUGUUCCUAUUUUGGAUAUGAAUAAUAUCAAAUGUAAUUCAGAUUUCGAAACAGCUGUCAUAGCAGGUAUGAUGCAACUCAAGAUUAAUAUGGAUGAAAUAAGGUCCGCACAAGAAGAAUUAAAAGCUACUGCUAUUCAUACGACACAAAGACUCGAUGACAUCACAAAUUUUCUAAUUGAUAAGAAGAUUACAAACAGUAAUACUGAAGUGAGUUUUGAUAAAAAAUAUAAUCUCAAAUUACCUCUUGAAACGAUGGAUGAGUUCCUUGAAUUUGAUGAAAAGUUACAAUCGAACACCUUCCUUAGAAGUGAUAUUUACAAGGAGCUCUUAGCUUCUAUGGAUAAAAAUUAAAGCAUAACUAGAUCAAUGGUCAAAAUGUUAAAAAGAAUAUUAACAAAGGAUUUAGCUUUAAAGUUUACUGCGGUCAGAGUGACUACUGACAAAACAAAAAAAAAAUUAAGUUUACGGUACUCUGCAAUCUUAUGGAUGCUAUACUAACUAGAGUAAGGAGUAAAAAUUCAUUUGCGACUAAGCCAGAGGAUCUGAUUUCAUCUCUCAGUGAUGUCCUAAGCAACGUCAAGAGGUGGACAGCUUAAAACAUCAAUUUCUUAUAUUUUAUCUUCGAGACUGAAUAAUUAUACCAAAAGAAUUAUUUAUAAAAUAUUUAUUAUUAUUUUUCAUUAGUUCAUAUUCUCAAGCAGAGUGCAAAAUAUUGCUAUUUGUAAAAAUAUUGCAUUUUUUGUAAAAUAAGAUCACAAUAUAAUAAAGAAAGAUUAAUAAAAAUAAUAUUCUGCAUAGACCAUAUGAUCAGCAUAUUAUACCUAUAAUAUGUCGCCAGGUAACAGGGUUUACUGCCAUAUCGAUCGAAAUAUUAUGGCCACGGCCCAUAAAAUUUGGCAUAUUAUGGGUACGAUAUGCUGAUCGUUUCUACCAGGGGAUGUAAGCCAGCAGUGCAGGCUUGUAAUUAAAUAAAAAACUUAAAGUGUCUCGAUGGCAUGUACGGGUAAGAGUCGAGAGAAAGAGAUAGAGGCAAAAGAUAAAAACAGAUUAAUGAGAAAGUUAAUUAAGAUUAUUUCUGCGGCGUUCUCUCGCGCGCUCGGUAUAGGCGAGAGCAUUAAUUUAUUUAAAUUGCCAAAGGGGCGAGACAGGGGGCGAGCGAAAUAAAGGACUUUAAAGAACGCUGAACACAUUGUCUGCUAUCUGGCCUAAUUUCGAGCGUUCCCGGCGAAUCCGAAACUGUCCCAGCGCUCUUUUUUCCUCUCUUUUUCGGACGCCCCGCUCUAAAUAAAGCCUGGAUUUUAUCGUACCCAGAUGGCUUGUAAUAGAGGAAAGUGUGUAAUGGCAUUACCGCAGCAGGCGCUGCAUACUUUGUCUCUCUCUCUCUCUCUCUCUCUCUCUCUCUCUCUCUCUCUC